CAACUUCAGAAAUGACCUUGAAGGUCUACCGCACCUGAGAUCCGACACAGCCGCCAGAGAAUCCCUCGCCGGCUGGAGCGCGCAGACCGAUCCCCAACGAUGGAAGACGACGACUCUACGCCUGAGGUGACGUCCGCACCGAUCAACGGCCCAGAACAGGGACGCAGGGAGCGUCACCUCUCGUCGGGUGCCAUGAACCUGGCGCUUCAGGACGACCAGUGGACCUUCGAGUCACCUGUGUCACAGCAGCCAGGCCAGCCGUUGGUAGUGCGGCCCGGAACUUACCGUUACCUGAAGGGUGCGGAGCUGGAGGGGGUUACCUACGACUUUGCCAUCGUUACUCGUAGGCACACGAGCAAGAAAAAGGAGAAUAACGCAUCCAUUAACAUUGAUGUGACUGUGGAUAUUAGCACUGGAGUGGAAGGCAGUCUCAUUGAGAAACUGGUGGCCAGUGGUCUGGAUGUGGACGUGCUGGAAGGAGACUUUAGCCAAGUGGAAACUGACGGCAAGAAGACCAGCAAGUACUUUGUACUGCUGAUCCGUGGGAACGACGAGGCGCUAGCAAUCUAUGGACGGAGGCUGAGAUUCCAGACGUGGCUGCGCAGUGGCAACUCGCGCGAAGUGGACUCGGUAGUGCAGAGUAGUCCUAUUGUCACCCCAGCUGAGAGAAUCCAAGUGAUCGACCAUAUUAUCCGAGAAACAGCCAAGAUUACCAAAGACCACCCCAACGUGCGAUCCAUUUUUCCCGUUCACGACCCAGCUACCAACCGAUACUUGUUAAAAACGUUCAUUGGGACCCAAAAGCUUGAGUUUCUGUCGGAGAGCUUCUUGCGUAAAGUGAGAGCUCAUUUUGGAGAGAAAGUCGGAUACUACUUCGCGUUCAUGGAUUUCUACAACAAGGCGCUGGUGCCGAUCGCGUUGUUAGGUGUACUAUUGACGUGUCUGCGUGGUGUUAUGGGUACUCCCGUGUACAUGCGCGUGCUUGUGGGCUGGGCAGUGCUUAUUUCGGUGGUCUGGAGCUUCGGGUUCCUCAAGGCAUGGUCUCGUCGCAAUAACGAACUCAACCACAUGUGGGCGAACAAUAUCGACACCCACACAAUUGUGUAUCGUAACCCGAAAUUUCGUGGUGAAGCGUUUGUGAAUCCCGUCACGGGUUUACCGGAUCAAUACUAUCCGAGCUGGAAACGGUAUCCCAAGUACCUGGCGGUGGUGACCUUCAUGAUUGUGCAGAUCUCGAUCAUGAUGUUUAUUAUUGCUAUUUGGAUUACCGCGUUUGAAGUGCUGAAAGUGCGUUACCCGGACAGAGGAAUCUUCUCGGCGCAGUGGUUCUACAUCCUUGGCGGCGGUAUCCUGUACGGUUUGUUCGUUGAUAUUAUCCAGUGGAGUGUGAUUGUGACGAAGGCUGCGCGUAUGUUCACUGAGUGGGAGAACUGGAAGACCAUUGAACAGUUCGAGAAGUCUAUGAUUCGGAAACUCUUCCUCAUGGAUUUCCUCAACUACUACACGUGGUUCUUCCUGCUGGCUUUCGUGUAUGUGAUUCCUGGUGCUGGUGAUACGAUCACCAACUUUCUCAACACGCUGAUCUGGAAGGACCCAGCCAACUGCUGCUUUGGACCGUAUAUGGAUCGUUCGGGCGCGUAUUGCGACUCCUGUCCACCAGCAUGGAAUGAGAUGGGGCUACGUGAAACACGUUGUAUUCCGUGUCGUGGAUGGGUAACCUUCGAUAUCAACCACCUCGACUUGGAGACUCUUUUCCUUACACCCAUCAUCAUUACUCAAUUGCUGAACCUCCUCAUUGCUGUCGCCGUUCCAUGGAUUCACCGCAAGCACUACGAACAGCGACUACGUGGAACUGAUCGCAAGGUUAUGGCUAUGGUUAAAGCACAAGGAGAACGCCACCUGCUCGCGGAAAUGUCAUAUCGGACUGAAGACUCCGAUGACGCACACAGUCACGAUGUGAGUGAUCGCAGCAGCACUAUUGACCGUAGUAGUAACAACCUCGCUCAUCUUCUGAAUCGAUCGUCGGCACGGUAUUUGGAGAACAGUGAGCGUGAGGUGGAGCUGCUAAAUGCGAAGGUGCGCGCAAUUCUGUUUGAAAGCGAGCAGGAAAACUACGACCCGUAUGAUGACUACCACCACAUGACAGUGCAGUUCGGCUUCGUGGUCAUGUUUUCGAUGCUGUGGCCGCUCAUGCCUGCUGCUUGCAUGAUUGUAAAUGCCCUCAAGACUCGUGGCGACGGCUUCCGACUGUGCCGAACCAACCGGCGGCCAUUCCCACGCAAAGCCAGCGGCAUCGGCGAGUGGCACAGCAUGCUUCACGUCCUUGCGCUUACUGGCGUGAUUGUCAACAUUGGCCUCAUCUUCAUCUCCACUGGAACCAUGGAGUUUUUCUCGCCGUCUUGCUCGAAGCAGAUCACGUACGCUAUGGGCGGCGAUUUUUCCCAUUACCGCUUCGGUCCAGACUUUGCGUGCUUCUCACUUACCACGCGUAUGGUCAUGAUCCUCGUGAGUGAGCAUUUGUCAUUGUUGUUGAUCUGGUCAUUUUGGAAGAUCAUUCGCAGUGUUCCGGCCAAUGUCCAGCUCGACAUGCUGCGUCAAGAAUACGCCUUCAAGUCCAAACUGUACGAGCGCGCGGAGAAGAAAGCGAAUACAACCGCUGCUUCAUUGGCUGCUUCAGCAGCGCUGCCUGCUCGUGGGGGCGGCAGCACGCAUACCAUGUACUCAACUACGGUGGUGAGUGGGCCGACGACUCCUACCGGAGUCUCGCAACGCGGUGGAGUGUUCGUGGGGUCGACGGAGGAGAAAGAGCCGCUGCUGUCGACCAAGCGGCUGGCACAGGCUUGGGACUUGGCCAAGUCGCCGUCCAAUCCGCACUCAAACCAGGACGAGCCUUGAGAGAGCGGCUGACAUCGACGCAGAUGUCUUAUCUAUGAAUUGCUUAUUCUGCUACACUAGAUUCGUGUGGCUUUAGAGCGUGAAGCGUUGGGCUAGUUGAAGCUGCUAAAUCUCGUGUUUGCCUCCAUGUUUACCAUUGUCGAUUUGCACCUGUUGCGCGGAAUAAGGUGUUGGUUGCUUGGACUUCCAGGCGCCGGAAAAUGGUGUCGGAAGAACGGAUUACAGCUGGAUCGCAUGAACAUGGUCGUCCUCGUUCCUCGUAGCGCACCACGGUAUACGCUGACGUGGUGAACCUUGUGGUCUAAUCGACACUCGCGUAGUAAUAUAGUGCUACUGAACGUAGUAAUUAUCUGUAUUAAGGUCAUUUCUGUAUUUCCGGUAUGCCUCUCACUAGAAAUAUAGUAUUGCUACCA